AUGUCAAUCAUUAAUGUCACCAGAUUAUCAUUUCUUCUUAUUUUGAUUCAAUGUGCCAACUCAUUACCCCCUGCAUGCUUUUUAAGUUGCAUUGCUGAAGUUUCUCGAAACUGUGGACGUGGUUUAUCACAAUUAUCCUGUGUUUGUAUCAAAGAAGAUGAAAUAGUUGGUUGCUUAAUCGAUAUUUGUCCAUUUGGAAACUUCAAUAGUGCCAGAGAUCAUUUUCUUGGUACUUGUUUGGAACAUGGUAAACCAACAUUAACAAAUCUUUAUCCACCACCAGCUGCUUGGCCACCACCUGAUUAUGAAAAGAACUUACCAAUGAUGCACGAGCCCGUAUAUCGUCCAGAACCAACCAGAAGCAGAGUAGUUGAUACUGGGCCUACCCCAACUCAUCGAAUUAUAGAUCAUCACAAUCCACCCGUGUCACCUCCGACUCCGCACACUCCCGAUUUGCAGCAACCACCAGAUGAGCCACUAACACAAGAUGGCCCUACUAGAAGACCACAGCAUCAAUUAGAUGACUUACACACUCCAUCACCAAUGCUUAGACCUAGACCAGCAACACAACCCGUAUCUGACUUUGAUCCUUGGUUCGAUGAGUAUGAUGACGACUUUACCGAUUCAUACGAUCCAGAGAGACCAUUAGAAUGGGAAGAGAUGGAUGCAUUAGAUAGACUUGGACGGUUUAUUGUUGUUCGUCGUCCAAUAAAUGUCCCCAAACAAUUGCGUGAUCCAUCGAAUGCAGGUAAGAUAAGGCGUGUCGUGGUAAGGGGACCUGUUGAUAAGCACAAGCAAAGCCAGACUCCAAUUUAUGAAACUAGGAAGCUCGUUGAAAAAUCGGAUCUCAAUAAAGAAUUGCCUGCGGGAGAGAACGAAAAGCUUGUGGGGCUUCCUUCAUCUGUUGUAAUUGCUCCACAAGAAGUUCAUCCAGAAACACCGCUCGAAUACUCAUCACUAGCUUCCGAAAAUAAUCAUCACCAAAGUACACCAAGCAUACCAAAACUUGAGUCUAAACGAAUCAAGAAGACUAAUCGCAAAACAUCUCCAUUUUGA